UUUUCCAUUUACUGAGCGCUGUUAGCACCGGUUAAAGGAGGAGCGGUUCCACACUAAGCACUCCCCUCCGCGUCUCUCACCAAACCCACCCGGCUUUGGAGUUUAUAAAGGCGACGACAGCGAUCAGAGGUCGGCGGCUGGCUGCAGGAUUAAUUCCCAGAAGGGGACGGAUCGACACCUGGAUUUUACCUUACGAUUUCUGCUGGGGCUCGGGGAAUAUUUGGAACAGCAGGUUGCUCCAGGAGAAUCGCCGUGACUCCUCUCUUUUCUCCCUCGACCGAGAAGCGCUUGCUUGGUCCGUUUGAGGAAUACAGAAGGAAAACUAAACCCACUAAGAACUGGAAGCUCGAGUAACACAAGGAUGACAGCCUUGCGCAUCUUUGGCUUGACGUUUCUGUUAACGAUUUUGCAGCAGAGGGUGUCCGGCUCCGGCGUCUUCCAGCUGGAGCUACACGAAUUCGUGAAUAGCCACGGGUCUCUGGCCAGCGGGAAGCCCUGCUCCCCCCACUGCAGGACCUUCUUUCGCGUUUGUUUGAAGCAUUUUCAGGCAGUGGUUUCCCCGGGCUCUUGCACUUUCGGCAGCAUCAUCACCCCGGUUCUGGGAAUAAACUCCUUCAGCGUCAAGGAUACAGAGAUAUUUGACAGCCCCAUUAAGCUGCCCUUUAACUUCACGUGGCCGGGAACCUUCUCCCUGAUCAUCCAGGCCUGGCACGCGCCGGACAACUACCUGCCGGAAGGCUCCCGGCCGCCCCCGGAGGAGUGGCUCAUCAGCCAGGUGUCGAUCCAGCGGUCGCUGUCGGUGGGCGAGGACUGGUCGCAGGACGUGCAUCAGGGCCCGCUGACCCAGCUGCGCUACUCCUACCGCGUGGUCUGCAGCGAGAACUACUACGGCGAGAGCUGCUCCCGCCUCUGCAAGCGCCGGGACGAUCGCUUCGGGCACUACGUGUGCGCGGCGGACGGGAGCCUGGCCUGCCUGCCCGGCUGGGCCGGCGAGUACUGCACCGACCCCAUCUGUCUGGCCGGAUGUACCGAGCAGAACGGAUAUUGCAACAAGCCUGGAGAGUGCAUCUGCCGUCCUGGUUGGCAAGGCCGCUACUGUGAUGAAUGCAUUCCCCAUAUAGGCUGCCGCCACGGGACUUGUAAAACACAAUGGCAGUGCAUAUGUGAUGAAGGAUGGGGUGGCCUCUUCUGUGAUCAAGAUCUGAACUACUGCACUCACCACAGGCCGUGCAAAAAUGGAGCAACUUGCAUGAACACUGGCCAGGGCAGCUACACGUGUGCGUGCAAACCCGGCUUCACCGGCGUCGACUGCGAGCACGAGAUCAGCGAGUGCGACAGCAAUCCCUGCAGGAAUGGCGGUAGCUGCACGGAUAUGGAGAACGGUUAUCACUGCCUGUGCCCCCCUGGCUACUACGGCACUCACUGCGAGCACAGCGCUCUGACGUGUAUAGAUUCUCCGUGCUUCAACGGUGGCACGUGCUUGGAAAAGGAGCAAGGGGCCAGCUACGCUUGCGUUUGCCCUUUCGGCUUCACAGGGUCAAACUGUGAAAAAAAAGUAGACAGGUGCACAAGCAACCCGUGUGCAAAUGAUGGUAGCUGCUUUUACCUUGGGCAGAUUCGCGUGUGCCGCUGUCGGGCUGGUUUCUCUGGUCAGAAAUGUGAGAUAAACAUCAAUGAUUGUGCCAGAAACCCGUGUUCCAAUGGGGGAACUUGUCAUGACCUAAUCAACAAUUACACCUGCACAUGCAUGCCAGGCUACAGUGGCAGGAACUGUGACAUCAAAACCAGAGAUGAAUGUGCUUCUGGGCCAUGUGAGAAUGGAGGCACAUGCUACAGUGGACUUUAUAGUGCCAACUUUGUUUGCUACUGUCCUUCUGGCUUCAUGGGCAACCGCUGUGAGUUGCCAGUGUAUUCAGUGCCCGUUACACUUCCUCCUAAACCAGUCCCCUGGAUUGCUAUAUCCAUGGGGGUGGGGCUGGUGGCUUUGCUCAUACUGUUCUGCAUGAUAGCAAUGGUCAUCAGGCAGAUGAGGAUGCACCCAGAGCAGGAGUUGGAGACAAUGAACAACCUGUCUGACUUCCAGAAGGACAAUCUCAUUCCAGCUUCCCAGCUGAAAAACACCAAUAAAAAUAAAGACCUUGAAGUGGACUGUGGGCUGGAGAAAUCAAACUACAAACCCAAGAACCAUAAACUGGACUACAAUCUGGUGAAAGACCUGACAAGUAGAGGGACACCGGAGGAUAAAUAUUACAAAAGUGAAAAAUGUUUAGGAGAGAAGUCUCCCCUCCGACUACACAGUGAAAAGCCAGAAUGCAGAAUAUCAGCGAUAUGCUCUCCGAGGGAUUCGAUGUACCAGUCCGUCUUUGUGAUAACAGAAGAAAGGAAUGAGUGCAUCAUAGCCACAGAGGUAUAAGCCUGAGGAUCGGCCCGUUUGCACCUCAGCUUUGGUGAUGCCAGUAGAUGGACAUUCCUGCUGCAUUGUUUACAAUUCAGAACUGGAUUGGACUGUUUUUAAUUACAUGCAACUUGCUGCUCUCAGGCGGAGGAUGGAACUGAGUGAACUGGACAGACUGUGAAUUUACUGAAAGAUGCAAUACACCUUUUUGUUCUUACUGCCCUUGUUUGAAGUUUGAUACCAGAAAUCUUAUUUGCUAUUGGAAAGGGGAGGCGGAGGGAAGAGAGAGGUUAAAAAUGUUGGUGUUUUAAAAGAUGCUGAGGCCAGUUCCUCAUGGACAGACCCCUGGCUUUCCAGAACUCUGGUUAUGGGAGGUGCUGGUAGAUAAGGAGGCACAUAACUGUCACAGAUGUUGCCAUGGAAGGUGCGAAGCAAGACACAUUGCUAUGCAGAUAAUGGAUACAGUAUAAAUGAGGUCUCUC